GAAAGAGAGUGUUGUGUUAUCGUAACUCUUUCUUGCUAUUUUUUUUUGAGCUUAGUGUUGAAGUCCAAUUAGCUAGCUUUUUUUGACUCCAACAUCUCUGAGUCAUGCGACACUAGUACUACUAUUAUUCACCAUCUCCAUCAAAAAAAAAGAGUUUUGCUUCUUUUCUUCUUAUAUGGCUUAAAUAAUAAAACCAAAGGAAUUUUUUUUUAAUACUUGUUUGGUAGACAUUUAUAGUCUCUGUCAAUCUCUCACUCCCUCUCUCUCUCUCCAGGAUAGAGAUAGUUCCGUUUCCAUCCAAGGCCAUGUUGUUUAGUGCCUCAGCGACACCACUAGUGCCCAGCUUGUGUUUUCUUGCGGCGGAGAAACCCGUCAAUCGUCGUCCUAUGAUGAUGAGACUAUCAGGCGGAGCAAUUGGGUCUUCGAAUUUCGAUCUGAGGACGUAUUGGGGGACUCUGAUGAGCGAGAUCAACCAGAAGCUCGACGAGGCGAUACCGGUCAAGUACCCUGCGGGGAUCUACGAGGCGAUGAGAUACUCGGUGCUCGCACAAGGCGCCAAGCGUGCCCCUCCAGUCAUGUGUGUGGCCGCCUGCGAGCUUUUCGGUGGCGAUCGCCUCGCCGCUUUCCCAACCGCAUGUGCCCUAGAAAUGGUCCACGCGGCUUCGUUGAUACACGACGACCUCCCCUGUAUGGACGAUGAUCCUGUCCGCCGAGGAAAGCCAUCUAACCACACUGUCUACGGUUACGACAUCGCCCUUCUCGCCGGCGACGCCCUCUUCCCACUCGCCUUCCAGCAAAUUGUCUCCCACACCCCUCCCGACCUUGUUCCCCGCGCCACCAUCCUCAGGGUCAUCGCUGAGAUUGCCCGCACCGUCGGCUCCACUGGUAUGACUGCGGGCCAGUUCGUCGACCUUGAAGGUGGCCCUGGCCCCUUUCCUCCUUCUUUCGUUCAGGAGAAGAAAUUCGGAGCCAUGGCUGAAUGCUCCGCCGUUUGCGGAGGCCUCCUCGGCGGUGCCACUGACCAUGAGCUUGAGACUCUCCGAAGGUACGGGAGAGCCGUUGGGAUGCUCUAUCAGGUUGUGGAUGAUGAGAAGAAGAGCGACGGAGCUAUCCAAAUGGCCCAAGAGCUCAAGGACAAGGCCAAGAAGGAGCUUCAACUGUUUGACGACGACGACAAGUAUAGUGGACAACUUGUUGCUCCUCUCCAUACCUUCGUUGACUACGCUGCUCAUCGUCAUUUUAUCCUUCCCUUCUGAUUUUAUUGGGCCUUAUACGGGCCUUUCACCCUUCUUAAUGGACUCUUCUCUCUCUCUCUCUCUUUCUGUAUGUAGCAUUCUUCCAUCUCUCUUAUUUUCAUCCCACUGCUUUAUGAUAUUAUAAUUACCUUCAGCUUAAUUUACAUCAUUACAUGUCAUGAUGUCAUCCACAUACUGAUACUGUAUAUAUAUAUAAUUACUAUCUUUUUAAAUUA